UUUUUCCUGAGGCCUUACUGAGGUUUAAUUACUUGUGGUGAUAGUGUAAUUUAAGGUGUUUGUCCUACUCAGUUUUAACUCUCUAAUUGACUCUUUUAUGUUGUUUUAACUCGGGAAUGGUUAAAUGGCCAAAGAAUUCAGUUAUUUACGGAUGAGGGCUGUUUUAUUUGAGUACUCCUGGCCUGCAACUUAAACUUGCAUCUUUUAUGUUUUUAUCCUAUGCUUUUUCUGUGCUAUGGCUGCUGCAACAAUAGUUCAUGAUACAUCAGAAGCCGUAGAGCUCUGUGCUCCCUGUGGGUUAUACCUUAAACCCAUUACAAAAAUGACCAUCAGUGUGGCCCUUCCUCAGCUGAAACAACCGGGAAAAUCCAUUUCCAACUGGGAAGUGAUGGAAAGGUUGAAAGGGAUGGUGCAAACUCAUCAGUUUUCCACUCUGAGGAUUUCUAAAAGCACCAUGGAUUUCAUCCGGUUUGAAGGAGAGGUGGAGAACAAAAGUUUGGUUAAAUCUUUCCUGGCGUGCCUGGAUGGCAAAACCAUCAAGUUGAGCGGCUUCUCUGACAUCCUGAAGGUCCGUGCUGCAGAGUAUAAGAUUGACUUUCCUACCAGGCAUGACUGGGACUCGUUUUUCCGUGAUGCCAAGGAUAUGAAUGAAACCCUGCCUGGGGAGAGGCCAGACACCAUUCAUUUAGAGGGCUUACCUUGUAAGUGGUUUGCAGCAAAGGACUCCGGCUCGGAAAAGCCGAGUGAAGAAAUCCUGAUAAAAGUUUUCCAGAAUUUCGGAGAGAUACGGAAUGUGGACAUACCCAUGCUGGACCCUUACAGAGAGGAAAUGACUGGUAGAAACUUCCACACUUUCAGUUUUGGAGGCCAUUUAAAUUUUGAAGCUUAUGUUCAGUAUCGAGAGUACGCGGGUUUCAUUAAGGCCAUGAACGCCCUGCGAGGGAUGAAGCUGAUGUACAAAGGUGAUGAUGGCAAAGCAGUGGCUUGCAAUAUAAAGGUUUCUUUUGACUCAACAAAACACCUCAGUGAUGCCUCAAUUAAGAAGCGUCAGCUUGAAAGGCAAAAGCUUCAAGAGCUUGAAAAGCAGAGAGAAGAACAAAAACGUAGAGAGAAAGAAGCUGAGGAAAAACAAAAAGAGGAAGAAAGGAAGCAGAGAGAGCUUGAAGAAUAUGAGAGAGAGAGAAAACGAGAAGAAAAGUUGCGCAAGAGAGAACAGAAGCAGAGAGAUCGUGAAGUUCGACGGAACAAAAAACAACUUGAAAAGCUUCAAGCUGAAGAACAGAAAAAACUGCAAGAGAAGAUAAAGUUGGAAGAAAGGAAGCUCCUGUUGGCUCAGAGAAAUCUUCAGUCCAUUAGACUAAUUGCAGAACUUCUAAGCAGGGCAAAGACAGUAAAGCUUUUGGAGCAAGAACAUAACGAAGAAAAGAUUCGUCUGCAGCAGCAAGAGGAGAGACGAAGGCUUCAGGAGGCUGAGCUCAAACGUGUGGAAGAGGAAAAAGAGAGAGCACUGGGGUUGCAGAGAAAAGAAAAGGAACUGAGGGAGAAGCUACUGAAUAAUCUUCUGAGCAAGAAAAUGGAUGAAGUCAAUCAAAAUAAAGAAGAAACUGAAGCAUCUCAGUCUGACAUGUCAAAAGCCGCUAGUGGUCCACACACAGUGUCAUCCAGCUGCAUCACUUCUACCUCAGGGCAGGCUGCUACAGACAAACUGGCUUCUGGCUCUCAAAGAGAAGUAGCAUCACCUGAGACUGUCAAUGCUCAAUGCAAGUACUUGAAUGGCAACAUUCAUGACAAAGUUUAUGUUAAAGAAGGUCAGACAGUUCAUACCACAAACUCUGAGGGGUGUUCUGAGAGAAGUUCAGGGGUACUUUCAUGUGUUCCCACCAAUAACCAGCAACAGAGGAGCCUCUCUAGCUCUGACCAGAAUACCUGUAGGAAGGACUCACACUGUGAGCAGGGCAAACGUAGCACAGAGCCGAGGAGAAGAAAGAGCCGUUCCUGUAGCAGCAUCAACACUGAUGAGAGCAAGGAUAAACAGGAGAGGAGCAGACACAGGAGAGAUGUAGAUUAUCGGGAUGAAAAGCGCAGGAAAGAAAGAAGGUAUUACAGACACUCCAGCAGAAGUUACAGCCCUCGCCGGAGCCACAGUCCUCGCCGGAGAAGCGUCAGCCCCAGACGUUCCCGCUACAGAAGAACUGGCAGCAGUGAACGUAAGCGGGACAGAAGGGAAAGAAGUCACAGUCGCAGAAGUGUGAGUAGGAGACGAAGGAGGAGGAGAUCACUGAGUAAGCGUAGGAGUACUUGGAGUAGGUAG